CUUAAUGUAACAGCAGACACUUUGGUAUUGGCGUUGUAUCUGUUACGUGAUUUUCACUGGUUAUUACAUUAAAAUCGGCUAACCAUUCAAUGCCAAAGAGGACCCUCUGAGAGCCAACCAAUAGGAGGGAAGGACAGAGAAGAAUUAGGGGAGGAGCUUGUUGAUAAUUGUUCACUCAGGAUCAGCUGUCCCUGCCUGCCGGUAUCACUUGUCCACACCGGCAUGCCGAGCUGACACAGGCUGACAGACGGGGGCCAACGACGGGGCCAGCUCCCCGGGGGAUUCUCCCUGUCUCUGGAGCUCCAGAUCAGCCUCGACCACAGGACCCAGGUGAGAUGCUCCACCAGCAGACAUUCUACAGUGAACCUUUUUGCUGGACAGCAGAUGGAAAAAGUUUGAAACAACCCUAAAUGUCUUCCACGGGAAGUGGCCUGCGUAUCCAGGGGGACGACAACCUCCAGUCCAUGAUCGUUGGCACGGUGAUGCGAAAGAUCAAAUCUCGCACCUGGAAGAAGCAGCGCUACUUUAGGCUGCAGGAGGACUGCAUGACCAUCUGGUACAAGUCCAAGAAGACAGGAAACACCCACUCCACAUUCUCUGUGAGCGACGUGGAGGCUGUGCGCGAGGGCCAUCAGUCAGAGGUCCUGCUGAGCAUCGCGGACGAGUUUCCCCCAGAUCGCUGCUUCACGCUGGUGUUCCGUGGUCGCCGGGGCAACCUGGACCUGGUGGCGGACUCAGCAGACGAGGCACAGUCCUGGAUCAAGGGCAUGAGAAAACUCAUAGAAAACCUUGAAAACAUGGGAGACAGUGAGAAGCUAGACCAGUGGAUCGGGGACUGGUUUAAAAAGGCUGAUAAGAACAACGAUGGCAGGAUGAACUUCCAGGAGGUCCGAGUCCUUCUAAAGAUGAUGAACGUGGAGAUGAACGAACACCACGCUCAUCGACUCUUCAUGAUGGCUGACAAGUCUCAGACGGGGAGUCUGGAGGACGAUGAGUUUGUCCUGUUCUACAAGAUGCUGACCCAGAGGGAGGAUGUCCUCAGGGUGUUCCAGGAAUACUCUGGCGAUGGGCAGAAGCUCUCGCUGAGCGACCUGGAGGAGUUUCUACGAGAAGAACAGCUAGAAGAUGUGGACGUGGUCCAGCAGCUGGCCAUGGAGCUCAUUGAGCGCUACGAACCUUCUGACACAGCCAAGACGCUGAAGGCCAUGUCUAUCGAUGGUUUCCUGAUCUACCUGAUGUCUCCCGUGGGCUCCGUCUUCCGACCGAGACAGCAGAACCUGUACCAGGACAUGAAUCAGCCCCUCUGCCACUACUUCAUCUCCUCCUCACAUAACACUUAUCUGAUGGAGGACCAGCUCAGAGGACCCAGCAGUGUUGAGGGGUACAUCCGGGCCUUGAAGAGAGGCUGCCGCUGUGUGGAGGUGGACUGUUGGGACGGUACUAACGGGGAACCGAUCGUCUACCACGGACACACGUUCACUUCCAAGAUCCUCUUCAAAGACGUCGUGAGCACCCUGGGAAAAUACGCCUUCAAGGUAUCAGAGUACCCAGUGAUCCUGUCCAUGGAGAACCACUGCAGCGUUGAGCAGCAGCGAGUCAUGGCCCAUCACCUCAACACCAUCCUCGGGGACAAGCUGCUGAAAAGCACCCUGGACAGAAAGAUACCCAUUAGCUUUCCUUCUCCCGAGGAGCUGAAGGGAAAGAUUCUUCUGAAGGGGAAAAAGAUUGGCGGUCUGGAGGACAGUCUGAGCGGGUUAAUGGAGCCUGAAGACACCCUCACUGGCGAGGUGAGCGACGAGGACGAAGCAGCGGAAAUCGAUGAGGACAACCUCCAUAGCAACAGCCUCCGGCGCCGGGCCAAGAAAUCGAAGCAACGUUUAUCCAAGGAGCUGUCGGAUUGUGUGGUCUACUGCAAGAGUGUCCACUUCAGCAGUUUCAAGCAUUCCCGCAUGCAUUCCAAGUUCUACGAGAUCUCCUCUUUCACAGAGUCCAAGGCCCGUAAGCUCCUAAGAGAGGCAGGAGCGGAAUUUGUGCUUCACAAUGCCAGACAGCUGACCAGGGUUUACCCAAGUGGCCUCAGAACAGACUCCUCCAACUUCAACCCUCAGGAGAUGUGGAACACAGGGACGCAAAUAGUUGCAUUAAACUUUCAGACAGCAGGGCUCGAGAUGGACCUCAACGAUGGACUGUUCAGUCAAAAUGGUGGAUGUGGCUAUGUCCUCAAACCUGAAUACAUGAGGAGGUUAGAUAAAAGGUUCGAUCCUGAGGUACCCCAGAACCGGGAUGGCUACCAACCACUCAGUUUCUGCAUUCAGGUGAUCAGUGCACAGCAGCUCCCAAAGGUGAAUAUCAAGGAGAGCUCUGUUGUGGACCCGUUUGUGCGUGUGGAGAUCCAUGGAGUUCCUCUAGACCAGGCCAAGCAAGAGACCAGAUACAUAGACAACAAUGGCUUUAACCCUGUGUGGUAUGACACCCUGCGGUUCACCAUCCACGCUCCUGAACUGGCCCUGGUUCGCUUCGUCGUGGAGGACUAUGAUAAGGCGUCGAGGAAUGAUUUUGUGGGACAGUACACCUUGCCUUUCUCAUGUAUUCAGCAAGGAUACCGGCACAUCCACCUCUUAUCUAGGGACGGAACCAGUAUCCAUCCGGCUUCCUUGUUUGUACACCUCAGAGUCACUAAGCUUGUGUGAGCUGGAGAUCUGAGAUUCCCGCUGGAAUCGCAGCCACUUGCAAGGACUGUAGACCUGGAUGGGCACGGCUAAACAAACCGUCAGUCACAGUGACAGGAUGAAGAAAGAGUAUGUUUUGACAUUCAAGAGCUAGAUAUGAAAAUAAUUAAAUUGUUACUUCCAUUAAGUACUUCCUAAACAGAUCAUGUAAUGUAUUUUAUCUACUAAGCCAAACUAUUAGGUAUUUAUCUACUUAUAUAAUAUAUGAUUAUGCAUUAUGUGGUUUUCACUUGUGACCUGGUAUUCUUUAUAUAUAUAGUGUGUAUUUCCAAUCAGAUGUACUACUUAAGAACUAGAUAUGAAAGGAUGCUGCUUUUCAAACUCUUAUUCCUUAAAUGCUGGUCAAGUAUGUGAGCGGACCAGAGAUUACAAUGUGUUUUGUUGCAAAUACAUGUAGCAGAGAAAUGUGCCACCAAGACUAAUGAUUUCUACAUCAUUUCUGUAAGUUUCCUUAGCACAGUAUUUACCAUGAACCUGGCACCUAAUGCAAGUAAAAAAAUAACGAGGCUGUUCGUUGGAGUUCCAAUUAGCCUGAUGUAGAUCAGUUUAGUUUUUUAGGAUCCCCACAAAAUAGUACACACACAACGACUAUAGAGUGCAUUCUGCAUAUCGACAAGCCUUGGGAAAGAUUUGCUGUCAGAUAGGUCAUGAGGCAAAUGACAGCUUCUGUUUCUAUUCUCUCUAUUUCUCUCUCUUUGUUGUUACUCAAUCUGUCAUUCUCUGACUGUGAUGAAUUUCCAUUUCAUUCAUUUCCAUUAAUAAUAUUGAACAAAUAUUUUUAGUAUUAAGAACCCUUCCAGGGAACUCAAGGCCUUGACUUGUGUCAUCUAUAUUGGAUCAUUUUAUGUAAGAUGUAAAUAUUUGCUGCUGGUGUAAUAGUUUUAUAUAUUAUACUCACACUGUGUGUGUUCAUUAUGUAUUUCAUGU